AUGAUUGGUAAAAGUUAUAAAAGGAAAAUCAUAGUGAUUGAAACCACAAAAAUCCGCAAUUUUGCUAUCAUUGCCCACAUUGACCAUGGCAAGUCAACCCUGGCUGACCGCUUAUUAGAAUUGACUAAUUUCAAAAACAGCCAAAAAUCAUUGGAGAGAAUUUUAGAUAGCCUAGCACUAGAACAAGAAAAAGGAAUAACCAUUAAACUGAACGCAGUUCAACUUCGUUAUCCUCCUGAAAGUCCAGAGCCUUACUUUUUUAACUUAAUUGACACGCCUGGCCAUGUAGACUUUAUGUAUGAAGUCUCACGUUCCUUGGCCGCAUGCGAGGGAGUAAUUCUUUUGGUUGAUGCCAGCCAAGGCAUUCAAGCCCAAACCCUAGCCUACUACGAGAUUGCUAAACAACUCCAACUAAAAAUUCUCCCCGUUAUCAACAAAAUUGAUUUGCCCGCUGCCCGCACAAAAGAGAUCCAAAUUCACAAAAUUGAAAAAUUAAAACUAACCAAACUUAACACUGACGAAAAGAAAAAAGAGUAUGCUCUUCAAACUUGGUAUCCGCAAAACCGAAAAAUUUUUACUCAACAAUGGCAAAAAUUAGGUUUGUUGCUGGAUUAUGAAAAAGCCAGUUUCACCUUAGACCCAACCAUUCAAAACCAAGUUAAGGAAGCAUUUAUAAAACUUUACCGGGAUGAGUUAAUUUUUCGGGGGGAAAACGUAAUUUCGGAUAUUGAAGUCGAACACCAUCCGACACAAAGCAAAUUAUACUACUUGAAGUAUCCACUAAUAAACAAUAAUGAUUAUCUAUUAGUUGCCACUAGUCGACCCGAAACCAUUUUUGUCGACGUGGCUUUGUUGGUUAAUCCCCACGAUAAAAGAUAUCAAAAAUAUAUCGGUCAGCAAGUUCAGCACCCAGUUACAAAAAAAAUUAUUCCGGUUUUGGCUGAGGAAAAAGUAGAGGUUGCUUUUGGCACCGGAGUCUUAAAAUGCACACCCGGACACGAUUUUAUAGAUUACGAGUUAGGGCAAAAGCACCAACUUCCCAUAGUCAGGCAAAAAAUAAGUGAUGUUCGGGAAUUAUUGGUCCAGGAGUUAGAAAAAAAAGGAAUUUGUCAAAAAGUAGAAAAUUACGUAACCAAUUUGGCUUAUUCUACCAAGUCUGGAGCCGUGCUCGAGCCUUUGCUUUCCCAGCAAUGGUUUCUCGACUUACCGAAUUUAAUCAAAAAAAUUGAGCAAAAGCAGCCCGAUUACUUGGAAAAAAUUAUUUUUUUCCCGCUGUCUUUUCGCCAAACCCUAGAAAAUUGGAAAAUUAGAGCUCGAGAAUGGUUAUUAAAAAUGAUAUUGUUGGGAACUUAUUUUGCUGGUCGGGUGCCCUUCCAACAAGUAUUAUUACACGGCUUAAUCCGUGAUAGUCAGGGAAGAAAAAUGUCUAAAUCGCUCGGUAAUGGUGUGGAACCAGAAGAAAUUAUUACGAAAUAUGGUUCGGAUUUAAUUUAUGAAGAAAGUAAAAUUAUUGGUAGCAAAAACACCAAAAAUACGCUGCUUUUUGUUUAUCAACAAUUACUUUUAUUACUUCAUCCUGCUAUUCCUUUUCUCACGGAGUAUAUUUAUCAAAAAAUUACUCAGAAAAAGCUGCUAUCAGCGGAAAUUGAAACCCGUGAGGAAAAAAUUCUAUAUUUUGAAUUAAUGCCGGAAUGGCAAACUAAAUAUUGCUCCCAACUAGAUUUUAACCAGUUUCUUUUUCCCUUAACCAAAAGCCACAUUCAAUUAGUUAGCCCCACGGAAAAAAUUGCGGUUUGCUCACUCAUUGAUAUACAUCCCUUUGGAGUGCUGAAAAUUGUGGAGAAAUUUCCUAUUCCCAAAAAUCGCACCGAAGACGAAAAAAAAAUCGCAUUUUAUCAAGCCGAACAACAACGAAGCCAAAAAUUACUGGCUAAUAAAAUCUUUGUCGAAAAGGCUCCGGCUUGGUUAGUAGCCCAAGAAAAAGAAAAAUUAAAAUAUUAUGAAAAAAUAAUUAGAAAAUUAUUGAAGCAAUAA